AUGUCGUCGCUCUUUGGCAAUGUGGGCGCCGCUACGGCUGCCGCUCAGCCUCAACCCAACACCACGGGCGAUAUUUCCAAAGACGUCGCGUUGAACUCGCCUCCAGAAGACAGUAUCUCAGACCUGGCUUUCUCCCCUGUCAGCAACCACCUUGCCGUGUCGUCGUGGGAUAAAAAAGUUCGCAUCUACGAGAUCAACGACCAGGGACAAAGCGAAGGCAAAGCUUUCUUUGAACAUGAAGGCCCCGUCUUGAACUGCUGCUGGUCUCCGGACGGAACCAAGGUAGUCGGCGUCGGAGCCGACAAGGCUGCUCGCAUGCUCGACCUGGGCUCGAACUCAACCACCGCUACUCAGGUGGCUGCCCACGAUGGCCCCAUCCGCUGCUGCGAAAUGAUCACCAAUCCCACCAAUUCAUCACAGCCACUGAUCAUCACGGGCUCUUGGGACAAAAAAGUGAAAUACUGGGACAUUCGGCAGCAAACACCAAUCGCCCAGAUUGAAUGCCAGGAGCGUGUAUACACAAUGGAUGUCAAGAACAAACUUCUCGUAAUUGGCACGGCUGACCGCUAUAUCAACAUUGUCAACCUGGACAACCCGACUACAUUCUACAAGACAAUGCAGUCUCCGCUGAAAUGGCAAACCAGGGUUGUCAGCUGUUUUGCAGACGCCACCGGCUUUGCCGUCGGAAGUAUCGAAGGCCGCUGUGCCAUCCAGUAUGUGGAAGAGAAGGAUGCGUCCUCCAACUUUAGUUUCAAGUGCCAUCGUGAGACCCCUGCCGGAACACGGGACAUCAGCAACAUCUACGCCGUAAACUCCAUAUCCUUCCACCCUCUGCAUGGCACUUUCAGUACCGCCGGUAGCGACGGCACAUUCCACUUCUGGGAUAAAGAUGCAAAGCACAGACUGAAAGGCUAUCCGUCUGUUGGUGGCACAAUCUCGACCACUACAUUUAACCGGGACGGUAACAUAUUUGCGUAUGCAGUCAGUUAUGACUGGAGCAAGGGAUACACAGGGAACACCCCACAAACGCCCAACAAAGUGAUGCUUCACCCUGUCGCCCCUGAAGAGGUGAAGCCUCGACCAAACACGAGAAAGCCGAGGUAA